AUUUACUUUACUUUUGAUUUCGACUCUGCAUGACUACCAUCUUAUAACUUCCUUAUUUACUCACACUUCUCUCUUCUGUUUUUGUUGAUUUCCCUCUCUCUCUUUUACUCCAUUUUCUUUGACUCUUGCUGUCUUUAUCUCUCACUUUCUUUCACGAUCAAUCUUUUUCUAGCAUUUGAGAGAAACGAUUUCGUUUCUCUUUUUACAUCAAAUGUGUCCAGUAAGAGCGACAUGAUAUCUCUUGUAAACUCUCUCAGCGGACUUUUACAAUGAAGUGGAGAAAUUCGGAUAAAACACAGACACUUCCGACAUGGAUUGUACAGUUCAGAGAGACAGAUAUACCAAACUUACCUCGGUUAACUUUGAUCAGUGACCACCCGCUGGUGCGUUACGAAGGAGCCAAAUUUAAGGAAGAACGUUACAUUCCGAUCACAGUACCAUCACCGGAUAUAAUCAGUACUAAGCGCACGUAUUCACCUUGCUUGCUGGGUAUGAUAAUUGCAUUUGUUGCAGUUGUCACGGUAACGGCGAUCACUCUAAGUGUCUUUUUAACUAUUUCAAGUCACAACACAGAUGACAAUGGAACGACUUUUAACAUGUCUUUAAGUGUGGAAAACAGGAAGUUUAUACCGGAAAUGACAAACUUGUUAUCAACUGUGUCUCAACAAUUUUCUCAACAAAUAUGCAGAUCGAUUUUAUACCGACUGACUCCUAUCAAUUCCAGAAAACUCUGUCAUGUCACGAAUCUCACGAAUGGAAGUGUUGUUAUCAACUUUAGCGUGACAUUCUUCAAAACUGCCGUUAACGAAAGUGAAGUCUUAUUCCUCCUCAAAGGGUUCAACACUAGAGAUACUUUUCGUUUCUCCAAGGUUCAAGUCUACCUUACACCAGCUCAACUACAGUCCCAGACUGCUAAUCCAUCAGAUAGUCCAAGUUCCCAGUUCCUAGAAACGAAAUCUUCAACUGUUGCCAAACUGACAUCACAGGGUCAGCUAGAUGGAGGCACAUCAACGCAAGUUCAGCCCAUAUACAAAGUAACACAGACAUUGAUUAAUACUAAAGUCAUGCAAUUAUCUACACUGGAUAAUAUUCAACAAUCGACCGUUGAGAAAAGUUCUCUUAAAAUGGUAACCCCGGGAGUAAAUGAGAUGACAAAUAAUGAUAUAACUACGAAUGAUAUUAAUGGGAAUACGCUCUCAUUUUCAGAUCAUUCAUUCACAAGUAAAUUAACAUCACAUGAAGAAAUUCAUUCAGGAGUUUCACUACCGGUAUCAAAUGUUACUCAAUCAAAUGAGGUUUUUUCUACAGAUAGUUAUACUCCAUCAAAUAUUGUUACUGAAAACGACAACACUCUUCUGUCUGUUUUGUAUGAAAGCACAACAUCAGAAGUCGUCGAUGUAACUACAUCUGGAAAUACGUCACUGAUAAUGAGCAUCACAACAACUGGCAUUGAUUAUUCGUCACAAAACACAGCACAAAAUUUGACAUCGUUUACAAACACAAGGGAUAUUGCUGACGUCACUCCAUUGAUUUCUUCUGAAAGACAGACAAACGUAGCCGAACUAUCGCAAAACCCAGAAUAUGAUGGAAUUUCAGAAACUAGUACCAAUAACAUUUACAACACGAACAAUAAUAACGACAUGGUAUCUGAUAAUUCCAUGUUCACACUUGUGACAAUAUCAUACUUUGGUUCUGAACUUGCUGGGGAUGAUGACAUUGAUGUGAGUACAGUGAGAGAAAACUCGCCGCUGUUCGUGUCAGGCUGGACAUCUUUAACAGACAGUAGUCUUGCUCAAGAUUUUUCUAGGUCGACGGAAAUAACUGAAUUAAAUAACAUGAUAAUAACUAAGCCGUUGACAUCUGAAAAUUACAAAACUGAAGAUUAUCUCACUGAUACAAAUAAAAAUGUUAAAAAUUCAGAGAUUUCAACGAUAGCCUUUACAGAAAUGACAGAAAAAUUUUCACCUGACAUUAUCAAUAAACCAUCAACUUUCAACACAGAUUAUAAGGACAUUACAGAAACCUCAGUAACCAGUAUGCAGACACUUGAUGAUGAAUUAUUUACACCAGGAUCGAUAUUUACCACGAACGAUCUCACAAAUUUUGAUGUAACUAAUACUGAAGAAAUUCCAGUUUCGCCCACAACAGUCCAAACGGCUGAUUUUCUGCUUCCUACUGACAAGAAUAAACCAGAAACAACCAGCCAAGCUGACAUAAUGUUCACUUCCGACCUUACAACACCUGAUGAACGUUUAACCAUGUACGAUACCUCACGACCAACGGUGAAUUCUAUAACUAAUAUCGAAGAUAUUACGACGGUUGAUAUGAAAGAGAGAGAUAUCACAACACUUGAUAUUAACUAUAACACUCAAAGUAUUAUACAUGAUUUGACAUCGCAUAGCGACGUAAGAGAUACUAGCAACAUCACACCAGAUGUGAGCAACAUUACUCCAGAUUUUACGGCAUCUGGAGAUAUCACUGACUCGACACAAAUCACAAUGUCACAAACUCAUGAUUAUACGAAACACAAUACUACACAAGAUGUAUCACUUUCUACAGAAACAACAGAUUCUACUACAUACAUUAUUGUUACACCGAAAGACACUCCACCUUAUACACUGGUAACAACACCUGAUAUUGUCAGUACAACAUAUGAUAACGUCAAAGAAGUAUCCACAGUAUCUAAUACAAUAUCAUACCUGGCUUCAGGUUCAACUUUAAAUUUUGUUACCUCUGAUACAAUCAACACGGAAGCCUAUAACUCAACACCUAUAAUUACUUCUGGAAGCCUGAAACCACAGACCACUCCUGUUACCGAAAACAUAUAUACAGAACACACACUGGUUCAAUCGCAGUCGAUGACGGAUAUUUCAUUAACGACAACGGAGCCGGUUCUUACCACAACUGAUGUUUCACCAACCUUAAAUUUAAUGCAAGAUGGAGCCAACCUGAACAGAAUAAUUUGUCAGGGGAAUAAUAUAGCCGAAUUUACGAAGCUAACAGUAUACGCCGCAGCAAAGAUUAAAGAUGAACCUGAACUUAAAAUAGUUUGUAACCGCACAUCAUGUGAAACAAGUAGUUGGUGGUCUGCCAGAAUACAGAUAGACUUAAUCAUCGACAAUACAACUGUACAAACUUGCCUGACCUUCUCAUCUGAUACAUGUUCAGUUUCUAAACAAUUCAGCUGCUUUUUAUCCUUCGAUGACAAUGAAUUAGUUGAUUCGAAAACGUUCACUAUCAUAGUUCCUCCGAAAACAGCCAUAUUAAGACAUAAGAAAGGAAUAUCAGCAAACUGGCAGACUGAUAUCGAGUGUUUCAUUAUUGGAGCCAAACCGUCAGCUGUUUGGCUAGAAAAACGACCGAUUUUAUUAACCAACUUCAGCGAGUAUAAAACUUCAGUGUAUACAGAUAUUCAAAAAGAUGGAUGUUUUUAUAAAAGUCACUACCGAUUUGCUGUCAAAUUCCCUACUUCUUUCAACUUAUCGAUAAUUCGCUGCGCGGUGAAUAUCACCUCAAACUACAAAACCUUUUUUACUAACGAACACGAAUUGAAAUUAAUACCGGAAGAUUACUGUGCUGAUGGGCAUAUCUUCAAAGUCUACCCGUUUGAUGCUUGUAGUGAAUCGUUCGUGCAUUGUGCAAAUAACUACAGCUACAUCGCAAAUUGCCCAGACCAUCAUUGCAUUGACGCAGAUAUCGGAAUAUGUGUGAUGUGUGACUGCAAUCAGAGCAAGUCAGUAACUGGAACAUAUGAGAAAAACAAAUCAACUUUACGAUAUGAAGAUUGUUUCUUCGAAUGCUCUUGUAUUGCCGGAGGAACAGACUUUGAUCAUGCAGCUAUUAGAGGAAAUUGCACUCAUUACUUAUACUGCUAUGGUGAAAGUGAACAUGUGAUAGCUUGUCCGAAUGGAUAUUUCUAUAACUACAAAUCAGAACAAGGAACAAUCCCAUGUGAAAGAACAGCUGACAACUGUAGCCCUUAACUAUUAUCAUUGUUGCAAUUGCAUAGAUGUAAUUGUUGUAAUGACAUGUUCACAAAGCACAAAACUCUCUUAUGUCCGUUUAAACCUCCUACUUGCUGUGUGUCGAUAGUGAUUCUAUACAUAAACAACACAAACUUUACAGGGAAGAUUAUUCUAAAAUUUGUUGCACCGUUCGUCCCUUCUAUAUUCUUUAGUACUAAAACUUGAGUGAAUAUUCUUUUACAGGGAAGCAAAAUGAGCAACUAGAAUAAAAUUCUUUGUGGCCUUAGUGUUGACCAGCUAAAAAUUGCCAUCCAUUUUGCUAAAACCAGACAUAUUUAUGACUUUAGAAAACUGAAACAUGACACAUUAGAAAGUAACACAUAUUUUAUAAUUGUCUGAUUUUCUUGUCACUGAAGUUGUGUUACCUUUUCAUCGAGCACGAUGCUACUGCUGCUGUUGCGGCAGCGACUACUACUACUACUACUACUACUACUACUACUACUACUACUACUACUGUUGCUGCUGCUUCCCCCUGCUGCUGUGUUCAUUGCAAUGACAUUGGGUAAUCUACUUCAAUAUUUCCUUUUUGCUUCAGACAGAUGUCUCUUAAGAGAAGAAAAAGAAACCGCAUGUUUUCCCAGCUACAGUACCAUACUACAAAUAUAUUUCAUUUCAAUUAAGAGAUGUGAAACGUCUCAUCCAACUUUUGCUUAAUAAUAUACCAGUUAUAAAAUGCUAUGCCUGGGAAUCUCCCAAGUGACAGAAGUUAAAACUUACCAGAACGCUUGUUUGUAUGAAAAAAUAAAGAUAGAAUGCCUUCCCAAGAAAAAAGAAUAGUAUUGUGUAAAAAAAAAACCCCAUACAAAACCUGGUUACUUUAACAUGUUCUUGCAAUAAUUAAAUAAGAAUAAGACAUC